CUCAUCAUCGGCACAAAAAAAGAGUGAAAGUAAAUGUUCAGAGUUGAUUCGCCAUUUAAUCGGUCGAAAUUGGUUCUUUAGCUACAAUACGGAGUAUCAACGUGAUUAAUGAUGAGAACCUUUAAAAUACAUUUACAUGUAGCUACUUGAUAGAAAAGGAAGAUUGUGAAUCUGCGUGUAAUUAAAUGUUGAUCAAGAGUCAGUAUUGGACAUCAGAUUUUGUUGAACCUAUUCAGCAUCAUGGAUGAUACACAAACAUCUAGAGAUGAAAAUUUUUCUCCAGGACGCAGUUCAGUUGUGAAGAGAUCACAACGAGAGCCCAGCUGUGUGUCUAUGAGGAGUGAUGGGUCUGUGGAUCAUCCAAUAGAUUUUAAGAGUGGAGAUACACAGACUGAUCUCAGUUCAGUUCAUCAGAAGAGAUCAGAACCAGAGUCCAGCUGUGUGUCUAUGAGGAGUGACAGGUCUAUGGAUAAUCCAAUAGAUUUUAAGAGUGGAGAUACACAGACUGAUCUCAGUUCUGUUCGUCAGAAGAGAUCAGAACCAGAGUCCAGCUGUGCGUCUAUGAAGAGGGAUGUGUCAAUGGAUCAGCCAUUAGAUUUUAAGAGUGGAGAUACACAGACUGAUCUCAGCCAUGAAGUCCUCAACAGGUUUAGAUCAAAUCUGAAGAAGAAGUUUGAGUGUCUGUAUGAGGGAACAGCAAAGCAGGGAAACCCAACACUCCUGAAUGAGAUCUACACAGAGCUCUACAUCACAGAGAGUGAGAGUGGAGAGAUCAGUAAUGAGCAUGAGGUGAGACAGAUUGAGACACAAUCCAGGAGAGCAGAAACAGAGGACACACCGAUCCAAUGCAGUCACAUCUUUAGACCUUUACCUGGACAAGACAAACCCAUCAGAACUGUGCUGACAAAGGGAGUCGCUGGCAUUGGAAAAACAGUCUCUGUGCAGAAGUUCAUCCUGGACUGGGCUGAAGGGAAAGAGAAUCAGGACGUCCAGCUCAUAUUUCCACUUCCUUUCAGAGAGAUCAAUUUGAUGAAGGACAAAACACUCAGUCUUUCAGAUCUUCUUCAUGUCUUUUUCCCUAAAACAAAAGAAAUGGAAAUAUCCGGUGACAAAUAUAAAAUAGUGUUUAUCUUUGAUGGCCUGGACGAGUGUCGUCUUCCCUUACAUUUUAAAAAAAAUGAGACUUUACGAGAUGAAAACAAAAAGAAAUCAGUGGACGUGCUGCUGACGAACCUCAUUGCAGGGAAUCUGCUUCCCUCUGCUCUCAUCUGGAUCACCUCCAGACCAGCAGCAGCUGAUCUCGUCCCUUCUGAGUGUGUCCAUCGAGUGACAGAGGUACGAGGCUUCAAUGAGCCACAGAAGGAGGAAUACUUCAGGAAGAGAAUCAGUGAUCAGAGUCUGGCCAAUACAAUCAUCUCACACCUGAAGUCAUCAAGGAGCCUCUACAUCAUGUGCCACAUCCCAGUGUUCUGCUGGAUCUCAGCCGCUGUUCUAGAGAAGAUGAUGAGUGAAGCAGAGAGUGGAGAGAUUCCCAAGACUCUCACUCAAAUGUACACACACUUCCUGAUCCUUCAGACUGACAUCAAACAUGAGAAGGACUAUGAGAAGAACGUGACAGAUGAAGACAUGAUCCUCAAACUGGGGAAAGUGGCUUUUCAGCAGCUUGUGAAAGGCAAUGUGAUCUUCUAUGAGGAAGACCUGAGAGAGUGUGGCAUUGAUGUGACAGAAGCAUCAGUGUACUCAGGAUUGUGCACUCAGAUCUUCAGAGAGGAGUUUGGCUGGUAUCAGGGGAAAGUCUUCUGCUUUGUUCAUCUGAGCAUUCAGGAACAUCUAGCGGCUCUAUAUGUGCACCUCUCCUUCACAAACAACAACAUAAAUGUGUUUGACCCAAUCACCAAACAGAGUUUGUGGUCUAAAGUUAAGGACUGGUUUCAACACAUGUUUAAACUUGUUUCAUUAUCUGAGCUGCAUCAGAGGGCUGUGGAUGAGGCUCUACAGAGUAAAAAUGGACAUCUGGACCUUUUCCUGCAGUUUCUUCUGGGUCUGUCAGUGGAGUCUCAUCAGAUUCUCCUACAAGGACUAAUGAAACAGACAAAAAGCAAAUCUGACAGCAAUGAGGAGACAGUUGAGUACAUCAAGAUGAAAAUCAGGACCAUUGACUCUCCAGAGAAAUCCAUCAAUCUGUUCCACUGUCUGAAUGAACUGGGUGAUCAUUCACUAGUGGAGGAAAUACAAAAGUAUCUGAAAUCUGGAAGAAUAAAGGAAGCCAAACUCUCUUCAUCUCAGUGGUCAGCUGUAGCUUUUGUGUUGAUGACAUCAGAGAAGAAGCUGGAUGAGUUUGAUCUCACAAAGUUUAUUCUAAGAAACAAUAAAGCUGAAAAUAUGAAAGUUUUUCAGAAGCUGCUGCCUGUGAUUAAAGAAUCCAGAUCAGUUCAGUUGAGAGAUUGUGGCAUCACAGAUGAAGGUUGUGCUGCUCUGACUUCAGCUCUGAGAUCAAACCCCUCAUACCUGAGAGAUCUGGAUCUGUCUGGGAAUAAACUAGGAAAAUCAGUGAAUCUGCUGUCUGAUGUACUACAGGAUCCUCACUGUAAACUGGAGAAACUGUGGUUGUAUGAUUCUGGAGUCACAGAUGAAGGUUGUGCUGCUCUGACUUCAGCUCUGAGAUCAAACCCCUCACACCUGAGAGAACUGAAUCUGUCAUGGAAUAAACUAGGAAAAUCAGUGAAUCUGCUGUCUGAUGUACUACAGGAUCCUCACUGUAAACUGGAGAUACUGUGGUUGAUGAAUUGUGGAGUCACAGAUGAAGGUUGUGCUGCUCUGACUUCAGCUCUGAGAUCAAACCCCUCACACCUGAGAGAACUGAGUCUGUCAUGGAAUAAACUAGGAAAAUCAGUGAAUCUGCUGUCUGAUGUACUACAGGAUCCUUACUGUAAACUGGAGAGACUGUGGUUGGGUGAUUGUGGUGUCACAGAUGAAGGUUGUGCUGCUCUGGCUUCAGCUCUGAGAUCAAACCCCUCACACCUGAGAGAACUGAGUCUGUCAUUGAAUAAACUAGGAAAAUCAGUGAAUCUGCUGUCUGAUGUACUACAGGAUCCUCACUGUAAACUGGAGAGACUGUGGUUGGGUGAUUGUGGAGUCACAGAUGAAGGUUGUGCUGCUCUGGCUUCAGCUCUGAGAUCAAACCCCUCACACCUGAGAGAACUGGAUCUGUCUAAGAAUAAAAUAGGAAAAUCAGUGAAUCUGCUGUCUGAUGUACUACAGGAUCCUCACUGUAAACUGGAGAUACUGCAGUUGAGUGAUUGUGGUCUCACAGAUGAAGGUUGUGCUGCUCUGGCUUCAGCUCUGAGAUCAAACCCCUCACACCUGAGAGAACUGAAUCUGACUGGGAAUAAAAUAGGAAAAUCAGUGAAUCUGCUGUCUGAUGUACUACAGGAUCCUCACUGUAAACUGGAGAAACUGUGGUUGAGGGAUUGUGGUAUCACAAAUAAAGGAUAUGCUGCUCUGACUUCAGCUUUGAGAUCAAACCCCUCACACCUGACAGAACUGAAUCUGUCUGAGAAUAAAAUAGGAAAAUCAGUGAAUCUGUUGUCUGAUGUACUACAGGAUCCUCACUGUAAACUGGAGAAACUGUGGUUGAGUAAGUGUGGUGUCAUGAAUGAAGGUUGUGCUGCUCUGACUUCAGCUCUGAGAUCAAACCCCUCACACCUGAGACAUCUGGAUCUGUCUGGGAAUAAACUAGGAGAUUCGGCCGUGACGCUUCUCUCUGGUGUACUGGAGAAUCCUCACUGUAAACUAGAGAUACUGUGGUUGUAUAAUUGUGGUUUCACAGAUAAAGGUUGUGCUGCUCUGGCUUCAGCUCUGAGAUCAAACCCCUCACACCUGAGAGAACUGAAUCUGUUUAGCAAUAAAAUAGGAAAAUCAGUGAAUCUGCUGUCUGCUGUACUGGAGGAUCCUCAAUGUAAACUGGAGGAACUGGGAUUGAGUAAGUGUGGUGUCACAGAUGAAGGUUGUGCUGCUCUGGCUUCAGCUCUGAGAUCAAACCCCUCACAUCUGAGACUACUCAGUCUGUCUAAGAAUAAACUAAGAGAUUCGGCCAUGAAGCUUCUCUCUGCUGUACUGGAGGAUCCUGACUGUAACCUGAAGAUACUGAGAUUGAGAGAUUGUAGUGUCACAGCUAAUGGUUAUGCUGCUCUGGCUUCAGCUCUGAGAUCAAACCCCUCACACCUGAGAGAACUGGACGUGUCUGGGAAUAAACUUGGACAAUCAGAAGUGAAGUUGCUCUCUGAUAUGAAGCAUGAUCCACAUUAUAAACUGAAGAGAUUAUACUAUUGUGAGUAUAUUUUUAUUUAAAGCCUUUAAAUUGACCCAAGUUCAGUAACGGGACUCAUGUGUGCAACUGGAUAAUAUAAGAUAAUAAUUCAGCCCCACUUUAGUCUAUGUAAACUGUUUUAAAAAGAGUUUAAUUCUGUGAUGUGAAUAUUAUCUAUGAAUAUAUGAAUGAUCACCUGAUGUGAUGUGACAGCAGUAAUGUCUCAUACUCAUUUGUGACUGUCUGUGAGUUUUAUUGUAGGACUCUCAGUAUUUAGACGUCAGUCCAGUUUCCUCAGGAUCAGCUGAUGGUGAACAAGGAGCUACAGAGACUGAAAACACAGAGACACACAACGAUCACUGUCAUAGUCUUCACACUUCACACCAGUUUCUUUUUUGGUGGGUCUGUUUUUUUGUACUACAUACUGUAUAUAAUCAGAUUUACAUUAUUACAGGAUCUGAACUUACUGUAUAUUUUUAAGACUCAAUUUUACACAUAAAAAUAAGUGCAAUAUGAAGUUGUUUUGGAUUCGGUAGAUAAUGCACUGCUUGAUCACAAUGUAGAUGGUGUAAGACUGUAUAAUCUACAAGAGUGUGACAAAAGUGACAAAACUACAACUAGAACAUUGUAAUGAACAAACCACAUACACAGUGUAAUUAAGAGAUUUGAGUAAGGUAGACAGCUUUGUUUAUUAUAAUUGGAAAAUGUGAUUCUUUUAUCAAUAUAACUUUUUUUUUUUUUUUUUUUUUUUUUACAUGUAAAACGUUUUUCUAAAUUUAAAAGUUUUAAUUUGAGAAAUCUAAUGCCUGACUACAGAAGAUAUGUGUUUACCAGCAGAGGUUGACAAUGCAAAUGCCUUCACUGAACAUUUACGGGCUCAGCGCUCAGUCAGGCCAGUGGUUCAAAUUUUCACUGCCCCCACAAUAAAAAUAAAUAAAUAAAUAAAGUAAAAAAAUAAAAUAAAUAAAAAGAAAAGAAAAGAAAAUGAAAUGGGCCUAUAAAAUAAGCCUACUUAUUGUUUUCAUUGUUUUUAUACAUGUAACCUUAAUAAAUUUACAUUUACAUUUACAUUUAUUCAUUUGGCAGACGCUUUUAUCCAAAGCGACUUACAAGUGAGGAAUACAACAAGCGAGUCGUCAUGACGAGGCAAAUAGACACAAAAAGUGCUCACAAUACAAGUCUUAGGUAAUGCUCAGAGUAUCAUAAGCUACAAUAGAGAGGGGUUAGAGGAAGUGAAAGGAUAGGUAUAAAAUUUAAAAAAAAAAAUUUUAUUAAGAUGAGGUUAAGUGCUCACGAAAGAGAUGAGUUUUCAGCUGUCUUUUGAAUAUUGCCAGGGAUUCUGCAUUCCGGAUAAAGGCAGGAAGAUCGUUCCACCAGCAAGGAACAGUGAACGAGAAUGUCCUGGAGAGUGAUUUCGUGCCUCUCUGUGAUGGUACCACAAGCCUUCGCUCCUUUAAUGAUCGUAGGCUUCUGGUAGGAGUGUAGACUCAUAAGAGUGAGUGGAAGUAGGAGGGUGCAGAGCCUGUGGCAGAUCUGUAAGCAAGCGUCAACGCCUUGAAUUUGAUGCGAGCAGCAAUUGGUAGCCAGUGAAGAGAGAUGAAGAGAGGCGUGACAUGGGCUCUUUUGGGCUCGUUGAAGACGAGACGUGCUGCAGCAUUCUGAAUCAUUUGUAGAGGCCUGAUUGUGCAUGAUGGCAGUCCAGCCAGAAGAGCAUUGCAGUAAUCAAGCCUAGAAAUGACCAGGGCCUGGACCAGAAGUUGUGCUGCAUGUUCUGUUAGAAAGGGCCUGAUUUUCCUGAUGUUGUAUAGUGCAAAUCUGCAUGACCGAGUGGUCUUUGCAAUGUGGUCUUUGAAGGUCAGUUGGUAAUCAAGGAUUACUCCAAGAUUUCUGGCCGAAUUUGAUGGGGUAAUAGAAGAUGUGAAGAUGUGUAAUAAAUAAGGUUGACACCAAAAACUACUAGAUUAACUCACUUAAAUUUUAAAUAUUGUAAGACAAGUAAACAGUAAGUAAUAACAUAGGAACAAAUAAUAGCACAAAUAAAUACAACAGAAUAAACAUAAAUGAAAUAAAUGGUGCUUUUCAGGUUUGUAUGUAUGCUUAAACAGGAGAUUUUCAGUUACAGAAAUUUUAAUCUAAUGUAUAACUAUAUAACUACAGAUUAAAUUUUAUUAAAGUUAAUCAGUCAAGAGCAGUUACAGAUGCAUAAAUAAUGUUUUGAAAUGUUGAAAAAAUAAAACGGUAAAUACUGUUAUUUGAAAUUAUUUAAUAUUUUAAGAUACUUUAAAUGUGAAAUUAAACUCUCCAGGAGGUGGCAGCAAGUCACUGUUAAUGAGCGAGUCAUUGAGAUUCAUCGGAUUCAUUCAAAUGGCUGAUUAAUUCAGGAAGCGUUGCUCAGAGACGCAAAACAAUAGGUUGUUUGCAAUCACGUGGUUCUGGUAACGCGUGAAAUUCAGGUUAAGGGCAAGAAGUGAAAAUUAGAAUGGAGAAGAUGGAGAAAAGUCCAUACUGUGCUGGUUUAGAAAGGUAUAAACAGAAAAUCACAACAUAUGUUAGACGUGAUCCUUAUGUUAUGAAGAGGAAUGAUUUUUCUACUGAAUUAAAGGAUUAGUCCACUUUCGAAUAAAAAUUUCCUGAUAAUUUACUCACCCCCAUAUCAUCCAAGAUGUCCAUGUCCUUCUUUCUUCAGUCAAAAAGAAAUUAAGGUUUUUGAUGAAAACAUUCCAGGAUUAUUCUCCUUAUAGCGGACUUCAAUGGACUCCAAACGGUUGAAGGUUAAUUUCUUUUUGACUGAAGAAAGAAGGACAUGGACAUCUUGGAUGUCAUGAGGGUGAGUAAAUUAUCAGGAAAAUUUUAUUUGAAAGUGGACUAAUCCUUUAAAAGACUUUCCUGCCAUCAAGGCGGUAGAUAAAAAGAAUGUGAAGCUGUCGUCACGCCGUCGUCACGCCUUUCUGCUAGUGACAUUAAGGGCAGUCUUUUGAUUUUCUGUCGUGAUUGUGAAAAUUAUUGCCAUUGUAGGUCAUUUAUGCUGAAUCGAGAAUUGCAACAGGAGCUCACAUCGUUCAGGGGAAAAAACUGGACGGUGUAAUACAAUUUCCGCCUUUUCGCAGUGUAAAAACACUAAGGGAAGCAGGUUGAGGAGGUGACGGAAAGAUGCCGUAUAGCAAAUCUAAUAAUGUCACUGAUUGAACCCCCUGCCUAUCACUCAGUAAAAUAAUCACGCAGCUGAGUGUUUUUGAAAGUUUUGUAUUUUGUUUGGUUUUGCGAGUAUGACUCUCAUUCAGCCACUUCAAAACUGUUCACGAGCUUCAAUGGGUUUGAUUUUAGUUUGUCAUUUGCUGAAAUAAAUACAAAAAAAUACAGUGUGUCGUGUCUGUCAUAGACUGUAAAAAAGGGUGUCUGUCCGCUGAAUGUGACCCUCUGAUUCUCCUCCGUGGCCAUAUGGGAAAGUGCAUAUUUACAAAGACAACAUUAAAACUAGAGUUACAUUUACACCCUUCCAACAAAGAAAUUGAUCGACUUCUGUCAGCUUGUUGAACACAUUUUGCUUUGGGGUUUUUUUGGACAUUUUCUACCAUAUGAUGGCUGAAGCAGCAGUGCAUGACACUGUUUUCACGGUAACCAGAUCAACAUUAACAGAAUUCUACAAAAUUAAUAUCACAUUGUAAUCAUGCUUAUUUGGAUAAAAAUGCCGCUCAUCAUGUAAUAUUGGUUAGCAUUAAAUUAUAUAAAUAUAAAAGACAUACAGGGAUAUUUUUGCCCCUUAUCUUGAAUUCUGGGGCAUUUUAAUAGAAUUUUAAAUCACGUAAGGGCAUUAAGGACAUUCAUCAGAAAAACUGGGAAUGUUGGACAAUAAAUAUAUAACAGAAUAUGCUUGACAGUAAACUGUUUUUGCAGUGUUGUCUUGUAUUAAUGUCCGUUAAAGCAAGACUAUGUAAACAAAAAAACACAACCACUGUGUCCAAAAGUGGGAAUUAUGGGAUAACAGACACAGCAAUGCAUCAUGUUCUAUAAGGUCAUUAUGUUUGUAGCUUAAUCCAGGGGAUUAAAACCUAUAUAUUUCAGACCUAAUGGAGUAAUUUACUAUUAUUACUCCACUAGGUCUGAAAUAUAUAAUGUACGUUUUAAUCCCCUGGAUCACGCUAUAAAUGUGAUGAUCUUAACUAUAUUAAUUAUUAAUUUAUUAAUUUACUAUUAAUAGUAAAUAUGUAAAGUUGCAAAAAAUAGAAAUACUCAAUAAAGUAGGCUAACUACGUUACCUCAGAUGUGUAAUGGUUGGAUUCCACAACUGAUAACAUAAAACAAAAAAAAACAUAUAUAAAAUAAGAUUUUGGGUGCGCAAGAUUUGAUGGAUUCUGUUGUCCAGCUGGCAUUUUCACCCCAAAAUGGUGGCAAAGGUUCGCUUUUUGGAGUCUAUACUCUUUAUCAUUAAUUCAGUUGUAUCAGCUGUGUUCUAUCCACCUUAAUCCUACGCCCCAUGACGCUUUGCGUGAAUUAUGGGUGUAACUUCUGUUAAGCUGUGAAAAGGUAAUCAGUGAAAGGCUAACUCUAUGACGUUUUUUUUAUUAUUUUUUUUUAUAAACUGGGUACAAUGAGAUGACAUUAUUCUACUCAACCUGCAACCAUCGAACAUUAAAGUGUAAAAGCAUCAACAAGGUACUUUGAACAGACCAUGAAUAAUCCCAAAAGCACAAUUCUUUCCACAGCAAUAACAGACAGGUUAAAUUUUACUGUAGUCUGUAUUAUGUAACAUAAGCUACGUUGUCUUAAUCAAAAAUGUUCAUUAAAGGGACAGUUCACCCAAAAAUGAAAAUUAUGUCAUCAUUUACUCGCCCUCAAGUUGUUCCAAACCUGUAAAAAAAUUCUUUGUUCUGUUGAACACAAAGGAAGAUAUUUUGAAGAAAGUUUGUAACCAGGCUGCUUUGGGGUGCCAUUGACUUCUAUAGUAAGAAAAAAAAUACUAUGGAAGUCAAUUGUGCCCCAGAACUGUUCAGUUUCCCACAUUCUUUACAAUAUCUUCCUUUGUGUUCAACAUAAUAAAAAAAAAAAAAAAAAAAAUGUAUACAGGUUUGGAACAGCCUGAGGGUGAGUAAAUGAUGACAGAAUUUUCAUUUUUGGGUGAUCUAUCCCUUUAACCUCAGCAUUACGUGAUACUAUUUCAAAGUGAUUUCCGUCAUUUUGACAGUUAAUAAAUUUUAUUUACCUGUGAAAACAAACCUGAAAAGAGACUUCAGAAUUUGAGGAGAAAAACUAGAUUAAUGGGAUAUAUCAUAAAUCAGAAGAACAGACCACAAAUGUGCAGUAUUUGUUGUCCUUUUUCGUACUAUUACAGUGGAGUGCAAAGGGAAAAAAGAAAAUGAUAAUGAGGAAAAUAAUGCAGCGACUGAAAAGAGUUCUUGCCAUAGACAUUCUUGUUAUAACAUGUCACAUUAAAAUACCAAGAGUUACGUUAUUCUUGUGAUGUCUGAAAAUAAACCGUGAAGGAAAAUUGACAGCUCAUUCAGUCAAACUGUUGGAAAAGCUUUAUGUGUAGGGCAACCUUGUAAUUUGAAAUUAUUUGUUUCAGUCUUUUUGAAUGGAAGUUCCCCAAACCGGAAGUGCAAACGCAUAAUUCAAAACGCUGUAGGCUUGUAAGGAAAAAAUUGGAUUAAUUAUCCUCGUUUUUGUUUGCUAUUUAAGUUCCUCCCAUUCACUCUGUCUUUGUCCGAUCACCGUUACAUUAAGUGGUGUUUUCCUAUUGCCUGUCUGCCUGCUAGAGUUAUUUUUAUUAAACCUUGAGUGUUUUGAACUGGAUCCUUCUGCCUUCGUCUUCCUGCCUGAACACAGUGUGACACGUAUAAUCAAGGCCGGCCCAAGCUUUUAUGGGGCCCUAAGCAGAAUUUUAUUUGUGGGCCCCUCGGUUAAAAUAACUUAAGACAAACAGCAUCUUCUUAUAUAAAAAAUAAAUGUAAAUGUACAAGAUGGACAAUAUUAAAUUAAAUACUUAAAUAAUGACAUAAAAUUACCAGUUCAGAUAGACCUGUAGGAAGAUAACAAUAAUAAAUGUAUUAACAUUAAAGAAAAGUUCACCCAAAAAUGAAAAUUCCUGAAUGAAUUUGUUUCUUCUGCUGAACUCAAAAUUACAUAUUUUGUGUUCAGCAGAAGAAAGAAAUUAAUACAGGUUUGGAACAAUAUGAGAGUGAGUAAAUAAUGACAAUUUUCAUUUUUGGGUGAAUUGUCCCUUUAAGGACAAGGGCAGUUUGUUUAUUAUUAGGCGGCUGUUACUUUAAGACCUGCACACAUCUAAAAUACAGACACGCAUCCGAUUUUCUCUCAACUGAUUACUUUCAAUUUAGACAUAACCAACUGUGUUUAUGUAAACCUUGUGUGUAUUUGACAGUAUUAGUGCAAUCAGACGCGAAAGAUAAAGUCCACUAUUCUUAAACUAAAUCCCCACUUUUACAAAGGUACAUUGUUGAGAAUGGCAGUAAUGUAGUGCAGUUUGCUAUUGUGCACGCAACAGCAGAGUCUGCAUACUACACAACAUAUUUGCAAGCUGCUUGUAUGGAUGCAGUCAGUUUUGACCGCAAUUUCUAUAUAAGAGAGGAGGAGCUUGACAAGAUAUAAACAUUUAAACCUAGGAUGGCUUGAGUGUGAGUAAAUCAUGGGAUACAUUUUUGGGUGAACUUUCACACAUCUGUACCAUUUGCUUCACAUGCCGUACUGAAUAUGCUUUCAACAACAUGUUAUUUAUCUAUGAGUGUUUUCUAACAUGUAACUAUAUCAUGUUUGGUCUCAUCUGACAGCUUAUAAACUGCACUGAAUGAUGGUGAACUUAAUAGGUAUAUUAAAGUAUCCUAAUGUACAAUCUAGGUACUAUUGCUGAAACAUACAUUGAGGAGAAUAUGUUUAUGUACUUAUCUUUUGGUUUCCUGUCAGUUGGUUUUGGUGUUGGUACCCCACUCAUGUUUAACAAUGAUCUAGGAGAAAGUCUUUAAUCCUGCCAUUCCUGCAGACCGGUGCGUAACCUCAUACUACAAUAAAGGCUCUUCCAGCCUCUUCUGCACAGCAGUGCAUUAUUUUUUUACAGCUAAGUUUUUUCUAUACAGUAUGUUAUGUAAUUCUACUGUCUAUUUAAACAUGUAACUUAAUAAAUAACUUUGCCUCCUUUAAAA